AUGGACUUGGCUUCCAAGAAAACCACCACCUCCAAGGAGACAGACCCAAUCGUAAAACCAAAGUCUCCUCUCCCUAACACCAUACAAGGCCCUUCAUUCUCGCUUAAACUUGGAGACAACGUUCCAAGAAACCCUCAUUUCGACCCCAAGAAGAUGGAUCCUCUCGUCAGAAAUCAACCGCCAAAAUCUCCCGAACCUCCUCCCUCCGCAGCUAGAGGAACCAACGACAACAACACCUAUUCUUCUAGCGAUGGCGAUAGCUUAGCAAUGAGAAGGAACGCUCCUAAAAACCUUCAGUAUGAUCCCAAGAAGAUUGUUCCUCUAACCACACCUGAGCUACAAUCACCAAACACCAGAACUCAUCCCCACAACAGGACAAAGUCCCCAGACAACAAGAGAGCUCCUAGACAUAACUCCGAAUAUACUACCUACGGUGAUGCUCCAUCAGCUACGCCUUUCAAGCCUCACACGGGAGGAGACGUGAGAUGGGACGCCAUUAACUCUAUUGCUUCAAGAGGCCCUCAAAUAGGUCUUGACAACUUCAGGCUUCUGAAACGUCUAGGGUACGGAGACAUAGGCAGCGUCUAUCUCGCGGACCUGCGAGGGACAAGUGCGGUUUUCGCCAUGAAGGUCAUGGACAAGGCGUCUUUAGCCAGCAGAAACAAGUUGCUGAGAGCUCAGACCGAAAGAGAGAUCUUAUCUCUCCUUGAUCAUCCCUUCUUGCCGACGCUUUACUCCUACUUCGAGACUGAGAAAUUCUACUGUUUGGUCAUGGAGUUCUGCAGCGGCGGGAAUCUACAUUCUCUCAGACAAAAGCAACCUCACAGACGUUUCACAGAAGAGGCUGCAAGGUUCUAUGCGUCCGAGGUGUUGUUAGCUUUGGAGUAUCUACACAUGCUUGGGAUUGUGUACAGAGACUUGAAGCCAGAGAACAUCCUUGUUCGAGACGAAGGCCACAUAAUGCUUUCUGACUUUGACCUUUCUCUCCGUUGCUCCUUUAAUCCAACGCUCGUCAAGUCCUCCUCUGUCUGCAGCGGAGGAGGCGCUAUCCUCAACGAGGAGUUCGCAGUCAACGGCUGCAUGCAUCCCUCAGCCUUCCUCCCACGUCUCCUCCCUUCCAAGAAAACAAGAAAAGCCAAAUCCGACUCUGGACUCGGCGGCCUCUCCAUGCCAGAGCUCAUGGCAGAGCCAACAGAUGUGAGGUCGAUGUCCUUUGUAGGCACGCACGAGUACUUGGCUCCAGAGAUCAUACGUGGAGAAGGACAUGGAAGCGCUGUGGACUGGUGGACGUUCGGGAUCUUCCUCUACGAGCUUCUCCAUGGGACAACACCGUUUAAAGGUCAGGGCAACAGAGCCACGCUUCACAACGUGGUUGGUCAGCCUCUGAAGUUUCCUGAUAGCCCGCAUGUGAGCUCAGCGGCGCGUGAUCUCAUCCGUGGCCUACUAGUGAAGGAUCCUCAUAGGAGGAUCGCUUACACGCGUGGAGCUACAGAGAUAAAGCAACACUCUUUCUUUGAAGGUGUGAAUUGGGCUCUGGUGCGUAGCGCUUCGCCUCCUCACAUUCCUGAUCCUGUUGACUUGGGACCGUUUGCUUCGUCCAGAGGGAAGUCCAAAGGUCAUGGAGGAGUUGCUGAUCAUUGUAACUCGAUUAAGCCUGAGGCUCAGGUCGCUUGUGCUGCUGGUCCAACCGAUGAUACGGCUUAUGUAGAUUUUGAGUACUUUUAG